UUUUUCCCUCUACACUGAAAACACUUUUGUGUAAGAAAAAGUCCAGCGGGGGAAAUGUUGUUAUGCGCCGCGUGACUGCAGCACAAUCGCUUGGAGCUGUACUUUAGGCCAUCUUCUAGUCCCAUCAGAAGCCCCGCCCUUGUGGCCAUGACGACCCCUAAGUGACGGCUUCCUGUGAGCUUGGGCCAAGCACCCAUAGCCUGACCCGCCAUGGCAUUCUUCAUGAAGCAGAUGAUGGCAGACAAGCUGAAGAACAUGGGCACCGGCAGUGGCGACGACGAGUCCAAGGGGGGCUCCGAUGGCAAGGAGACACCACAGUCCAAGGGCAUGUCCCGCGAGGAGUUUGAGGAGUACCAGAGGCAGCUGGUGGAGGAGAAGAUCCAGCGCGAUAAGGAUUUUGCCAUGAAGAAAGCAGAGAGAGCCAACCUGCGUGUCCAGCUGAGGGACAAAUACCGGCUUCCGGAAAGUGCACAAGACGACGCUACCAUGCAGAUGGCUGGAGGAGAGGUCUACCUCCCCGAGGAGCUAGCAAAGAUGGUGGAGGAGGAUGAGGAGCAAGAGGAGGCCAACGACUCCCUGCUGGGAAAGAUCCAGAACCUGGAUCUGGACUUUGAGUCCAUCAAGAGCAAAGCCCAGACGACUAUAACGGAAGUGAAGCAGGCCGCGGAGGAGAAGUGUGCCCUCAUGUGAACCACGGCAGUCUCUGGCCACAUCACUUCCUUUGUCACUAAUGUAUAUAACCCACUGUUUUUACCCAUGAUGCAUAUCUUGUAAAAUGGACUCUAGUAACUGAAUGCACCGCGACCCUGCCUGCAGUUCUGUAAAAUGACCUUCUCUCCAAAAACAUUUUUCGGUCUGUGAAUGUCCUGGCAGGGCUCACCCCAUAUUAAAAAGAAUUUGCAUAAUGAAAAGCUAGACCCUAAGAAUGGGGCUAUUGAAUUAAGGCUAAAUGCCUAAUUAAUUAAAAUAAGUUUCAUUACCUUUAGUAUUCGAUUAAAGUGAUGCACAACAAAGCCAAAGCUGAAGGAGCAUCAAGGCCCAGUCAGAUAUUGCUGUACAUAUGUGUAUAUGUAAAUAAAUUCCUACACUAGAUUUAUAUUUCAAAAAUGUUGUUUAGGCAUCGCUGUAUGAGU